GCUCGUCGUGCUUCCUGCCUUGCUGAGGGAGUGGACGGCGCUGACGGCUGGGAGGACGAAAGGAGAGCCAAGAAAGCUUUCGGGAAGCUGUAAAAAAGCAGGGAACGGCCCGGGUUUCCACCGUCCGUCGGGAAAUUAGCACCACAGUUUUCUGUAGCUGCUGAAUUUGUCACCGAACAGGCACCAGAAGAAAAAAAAAUGUCGACCAGUCGUCAGCUUAGCGAGAGCAGGGCCAUCCCGACCAGGACGGUGUUGAUCAACGACACAACGCAGCUACCUCAUGACUACUGUACCACCCCUGGAGGCACUUUAUUUUCCACCACUCCUGGAGGAACCCGGAUCAUUUACGACCGCAAGUUUCUGCUGGACAGGCGUAAUUCCCCCAUUGCUCAGACCCCUCCUGCACACCUGCCUGUCAUCCCUGGAGUGACCAGUCUACAUGUUCUGAAUGAGAACCAGAAGAACGAAGCCAACAACCACAUCAAAAACCAUGAGGGCAAGCCCGCUACAGCUGAAGACGCCCAGUUUGAAAUGGACAUCUAACCACCUGGAUCCGCACCAGCUUAAGAAAAUAACCUGGCACUGAAUAUGCCAGUGGCUUGGCUUGUAGUAACCAAUGUUGUGAGCCCUCAUGGCAGCCAUCUUUGUUAGCUCUUUGUCUCACUGCUGGGUGUAAUGUGUGUAAACCCAGUAUGAUUUAGUAUACCAUACAUUCACAUAAUUAGUGGCCGAGUCAGAAAAUUUGGCUUUGUCUGACUGAAAAAAAUUUUUUUUGAGUAAUAAUUUUGAAUUUAAGAGGGACCUCAAUAUUUUGCAUCCAAAUAAUUGUUAGUUUACAGCUUUCUGUUAGAAAAUCAUCAUUAUUCCAUAUUAAUUUAAGUAAGAAUUGGUACUGUUUUGCCCCUAGAAUUGCUUAAAAGCAUUGAUAUUCUUCCAUCUUUGUUUUUAAAGACUCGAUUUAGCACGUCAUUUAUGUGAUAAUCCUUACUUGAAUAACUCUAGGAUCCAUAACCGGGUGGAUCUUUUAGUUUCCAGUUAUUAAAACGAAUGCUGUUAUUCUUUUUUUUCCAUUGUAGAAUAUUUUAACACCAUUCCAAGAUUAUAGUUUAAAAUGUCCUAACACUUGGCUGCUAAAUUUACUUCAGAAAUUUCCAGGUGAAAUUUUUUUUUUAACAAAUUUUUUCAAGAAUUUAUAAAAUUUGAGAUGAUCGGAUGAUUAAAUUUUAAUUGAUGCAUAAAACAUUUGAUAAAUUUAAACUUAAGUUUCUAAAAUAAAGCCCAGCCUUCGCUCAGAUCAGUUCUAAUAGGAGGAGGUACAUGGAAGAACAUGGCUGGUUUGGAAAUCUUCAGACAUCAAAUGGGUUAAUAUUCCUCUUUACACUUUUUGGUGGUAUAAAAAAACACACAACACUUGAAUGAAUUGAAAUGUUUUAUAAACAUUUUAUAUUUAAAUAUGAUUUGUUAGUAUUGGGGCUUUACUAAGGUGUUCCAUCUGUCCAAGCCUUUUUAGAUUUGUUGUCAAGGAAACAGAAAACCCUGUUUGCAGUGGGCUCUUAAAGAUGCUGUCCCUAUCCAAACAUCAAUCUCUUUGACAUUAUUAUUUUGAUGCAUCCUGCCUGCCCAUGCCUUAUCUAACAUGAAAUGCAGUGACCAGUUUUCUUGCCAUCGAUUUGUACUUUCCGACAGAUGUUUAUUUUUUCAAAGCGGCAUUGAAACAGGUUAUCUGUUGCUCCACCAGAGGGCAAUGUAUUUUAGUUUCUUGGUAAUUUUCUUACUCAGAUUAGUGUGAAGUUUUGGAGCGUGAUCACAUUAAGUCAUUAAGAGUCAAUGGUAAAAGUGCCACUCCUCCAUUUUAACCCAGUUAUUACUCUAUUUGUUUUACCCCUAGGUUCUUAUUGGCAAAGACAUGAAGAAACAGAUACUGUUUUUAUUCUAUUUUAUUUCUCUCCAUUUGACUGGGAACUUUGUCAAAUAUUUUAUAUUCCCUUUAGCUUUGUAAUUACCUUUAGCAAGUCUGGUGAAAAAUUAACUCACAGGUUGCUUAAAAUUAUCUUAACAUUUCACCUUUUGGCCGAUAAGUCUUCAUGCUGAGGCAUCACAGGUGGCAAAUUAAUUUCCAAUCAAUUUAAUUCAACGACGAGGGCUUAACAAUAUUUGUUGAAGAAAAUUAAAGACAAACUUACUGUAACCUUCUGUUCUGAUUUCAAAAUAACUUUAUUUCAAAGAAACUCCAAUGAAAAUGGACACCGUUGCUGCAAGAUCAAUAAAAUUCUGAAACAGA